GGUCCUGGGAGUGCGGUCCUACGACUGCGGGGCGCACUAUUCGCUGUUGCAGGAACUCUUAAGUCGCCCACCGCCGCUGAUCAGCAGUCAAGCAACUGGUAACGCCGUUACUUCAAACAUCCGUGGAGCUCGGAUCGAUGGUUUUAUUGGCGGCGGCAGUAAGGCGGUGACCCCCCCCCCCCCAGGCCGGCGUGGAGGACGGUGAGGAGCUGAGCGGGCCGGGGUGGAGGAGGAGGGGGAGGAAGCAUGGGCGCGCGGCGGUGGCUGUACCGGCCGGCCGUCCCCAACACGGCCGUCCUGUACGGCUCGCUGGCCCUCUUCGUGUCCAUCCUCCACAACGUGUUCCUGCUGUACUACGUCGAGACCUUCGUGUCCGUCUACAAGAUCGACAAGGUCUCCUUCUGGGUGGGAGAGGCUGUGUUCCUGAUAUGGAACAGCUUCAACGACCCCCUCUUCGGCUGGUUGAGCGACCGGGCCUUUCUUAGCUCGCCACAGGUGGGCUCCCAGAUCACAUCCCCCGAGGUGGUGCUGAAGCGCCUGGCCGCCCUCUCCCGCAACGGGCCCCUGUUCGCCCUCUCCUUCCUGGGCUUCUGGGUGGCGUGGGCGCGGCCCUCGCUCCAGUUCCUGGUGUGCCUGUGCCUCUACGACGGCUUCCUCACCGCCGUGGACCUCAACCACAACGCCCUGCUGGCGGACCUGGCGGUGUCGGCGGCGGAUCGCACGCGCCUCAACUUCCACUGCUCGCUGUUCAGCGCCGUGGGCUCGCUGUCCGUCUUCCUGUCCUACUGCUUCUGGGACAAGGAGGACCUGCGCUCGUUCCGGCUGUUCUGCGUGGCGCUGGCGGCCGUGUCGGCGCUGGGCUUCUGGGCCGUGUCCCGGCUGCUACGGCAGCGCUUCGAGAGCCAGCUCCGCCCCGGGACGAACGACGCUGCCGGCCUCAAAGAGCUGGGCAUCGGCCAUGCCCUGCCUCCCCAGGAACAGCCCGUCACCAUCGGACAGUACCUCAGGCAGCUCUCCAAGCACAAGAACUUCAUGUGGUUCGCGUCGAUGAACCUCGUCCAGGUGUUUCACUGCCACUUCAACAGCAACUUCUUCCCCCUGUUCCUUGAACAUCUGCUCUCGGACAACAUCUCGGCCUCGGCCGGCUCUCUCCUGCUAGGCGUCUCCUACAUCGCGCCCCACCUCAACAACCUGUACUUCCUGACCCUGUGUCGGCGCUACGGCGUGUACCAGGUGAUCCGCUGGCUCUUCAUGCUCAAGCUGGGCCUCAGCGUGGCCAUGCUGCUAGCCGGAGCCGACCAUAUCUACCUACUGUGCAUCUUCAUCGCCAGUAACCGCGUGUUCACAGAAGGAACGUGCAAGCUGCUGAACUUGGUCAUCUCCGACCUGGUGGACGAGGAUUUCGUGCUGAACCGCCGGCGGCAGGCAGCGUCCGCGCUGCUCUUCGGGAUGGUCGCCCUGGUAACCAAACCAGGCCAGACUUUCGCCCCGCUCAUCGGCACCUGGCUGCUUUGUUUCUACACAGGAUACGACAUCUUCGAGCGGCGGCCAGCGCAGCAUGCCCUGGUGGGGGUGGGAGUGGCCCCCGAGGGAGGCCCCCAGGGCGCCGGCCCGGCCCCGGGCACGGCCCCCCUGCGCCUGGGCUGCUUCUACAUGCUGGUGGUGGUCCCCAUCAUCUGCGCCCUCCUCCAGCUCACCGCCUGGUCCCGCUUCACGCUCCACGGCCGCAAACUGCAGGGCAUUAAGACCCAGCGGCAGGGGGCCCAGCACGCCCCGCUGGCCGACGUCAAGGCCAUCUGAGAGCCCGGGCGCACCGUGGGAGCAGCGCUCUCGCACGCGGGGCACUUUUGGGCUAAAAAUGGCCGUCGAGAAAGUGCCAUUGACUUUGUUUGAAAUGAACUUUGUACCGCUAGAUUAGAGAGAGAGAGAGAGGAGAAAAACUGCCAAAAACUGAGAACUUGUUUUUAUAGAAAUUAUAUGAACAACAAAUCUUUAAAGAACUGCCUUAUUUUGAUAUUUUCAUCAUAAAAGGCUUCAUAUUUAUAUGUGAACUGAUGGACGAGGCAAUUAAUCAUUGUUUUCGUUGUUGAAUGACUGAACUUUUCUUAUUUUGUAGUGGCGCUCAUACUAUGGAAAAUAUUGUCCCGUGUGCUUUUUUUUGGUUUUGCUUUUGUUUUUUAACCAAAACAAAGCCCAAAAUAAAUUUGUAGCUUUAUGAGAACUAUUGUGAAGCACAGGCUAUGUUCCUUCUGUGUGUCAAAGUGAAACUACACGGAAUACCCAGAGAGAACUGAAGCUAAAUCAGUUCUCUCACUGUCCUCUGAACGUUAGCAAUCCCAAGCCAAAACGGUUCUCUCUCUGUCCUCUGACCGUCAGAGAACCAAAGCCAAGACGGUUUUCUCACGUUCUCCUGACCGUGAGAGAACAACAGCUAUAACGGUUCCCUCUGGCCUCUAACCGUGAGAGAACCAAAGCCAAGACGGUUCUCUCCGUCUUCUGGCUGUGAUGACCCUCCCUUCAUGUUUUUUAUUUUUCAAUGCGAUGCUGCACAUUUGUUAACGUUUUUGUAUACUGACCAAGGUCUUGCACAAACCUGCCAUUCAUCUUAUCGGCUUUUCAACAUUGUAGGAUUUGGGCUUGUGGAAUUGGUGGGCAUUAUGAAAUUUAUUUCAAUAUUUGUGUUUAUCAUAUAUAAUGGUGUGUUGUAGUUGGUCGAUCAGAAAGGAAAUGCCACCACAGUGCCAAUUACGUAUUUAUACAACUUCUUUACAUUCCAUUUUUAGAUGAAUUGCGUCUUUGACACAUUCAUGACCCAAAAUGUCAAUAAAUGUAUCUAAUCAAAUCUUCCAGUGGCGGACUCGGACUGUUUGAAGGGCAGGGGCGAAAUAAUACACAUUCUGCACAGCAUGGGGCCCAACCGGCGUGCAAAAAGCUAUGAUGCGUCAUGUAGGGCCCUUUCUCUCGUAUUCACCACUCCAGAGGGCACUUUUUCAACCAUGGAGUCACUGUAAGGGCAUUAAGAGGGCACUCAUUGAGGCACGUUAUCAAAUUCUCUUGUUCUAGAGGGCUCAUCAUCAUAAUUUAUUGUAAGAAGGGGCACCCAAUAUUUUUUUUCACAUGUAAAGGGAAGCCAAUAUGGCACUUUCGCUCGUAUUCGCCACUCUUGAGGGCACUUUUUUAACCAUGGUGGCAUGGAACCAUGCCCCCCCCCCCCCCCCCCCUGAGUCCGCCACUGAAAUCUUCUGUUAUACUGUUUACUUGAUCCCCAUUAUAGUCUGCUAACAGAUCAAAGAAAAACGGAAUUACUUAGAAAGCUCUUUGUGAAAUGUGAAAAGUACUCUAACAAAUAAUGUUUCAGUAUGUAUGAAAUAAACUACUACACAUGAAACUAA